GCUUGUGAGAAUGAGCUGGACUAUCUAUCGUCUAUUUUACGAAUCAUGAACAUCAUAUUGAAAGACAAUCAUCUGCAAUAAUCUAAUAUUAGAUGCAUUAUUUAUUGCAAUUUCUAUUUUAUAACUAGUGUAACACUGCUUUAAAACUCUACAACACCACUGAAGAGCGUUUGGCAUCAUGGGAGCUGGCCCAUUUUGGAAGCUUCUCAUGGUUAUUUUUAUUCCGUUUACAAACGGUCAAGGAUUCUGCUCCGUACCGACUGUAGAAGACGCUUCAACAGAUUCGGUGGCAACGAUUGACUACAAGACGAACGUAACGUACUCAUGCGCAAGAGGCUACAUUCUUACAAAUGGCACUUUAGUAAGAACAUGUCAAGCUGACGGCCAAUUGGAUGGUAUUUCCCCAACUUGUACUCGAGGUUCAAGUGCUAUAAGACUACGUAGCGGUUCAACGCCAUUAGGAGGUCGUGUUGAAGUACUUCACAAUGGGACAUGGGGUACGAUCUGUAAUGAUCUUAUAGACACAAACUUUGCGAAGGUCGUAUGUCGACAGCUCGGAUAUGCUACGGACAAUGUUAUGGUACGUUCGAGUGCCUUUUACGGUGCAGGUACUGGCCCAAUUUGGCUGGACGAUGGUACUUGUCAAGGAAACGAAAGUGUGAUCAACUUGUGUAUGUUCAAACCAUGGGGGGAGCACAACUGUGGGCAUGGAGAAGAUGUCGGAGUUACAUGUAGAUUCUGCUCCGUACCGGCUGUAGAAGACGCUUCAACAAAUUCGGAGGCAACAAUUGACUACAAGACGAACGUAACGUACUCAUGCGCAGGAGGCUACAUCCUUACAAAUGGCAAUUUAAUAAGAACAUGUCAAGCUGACGGCCAAUUGGAUGGUAUUUCCCCAACUUGUACUCGAGUUUCAAGUCUUAUUAGACUACGCAACGGUUCAACGGAAUUAGAGGGUCGUGUUGAGGUAUUUCACAAUGGAACAUGGGGUACGGUCUGUGGCGAUGGUAUAGACAUAAACUUUGCAAAGGUCGUAUGUCGACAGCUCGUUUAUGCUACGGACAAUGUGGCAGUACGAUCGAGUGCCAAUUUUGGUGAAGGCAGUGACCAGAUUUGGCUGGACGAUGUUACUUGUCAAGGAAACGAGACUAUGAUUGAUUUGUGUAUGUCUAGCCCAUGGGGACAGCACAACUGCGGACAUAAUGAGGAUGUCGGAGUUACAUGUAGUUCAAGUGCUAUAAGACUACGUAGCGGUUCAACGCCAUUAGGAGGUCGUGUUGAAGUACUUCACAAUGGAACAUGGGGUACGAUCUGUGAUGAUCUUACAGACAUAAACUUUGCCAAGGUCGUAUGUCGACAGCUGGGAUAUGCUACGGACAAUGUUACGGUACGUUCGAGUACAUUUUACGGUGCAGGUACUGGCCCGAUUUGGCUGGACGAUGGUACAUGUAAAGGAAACGAAAGUGUGAUCAACUUGUGUAUGUUCAGACCUUGGGGACAGCACGACUGUUCUCAUGGAGAAGAUGUCGGAGUAACAUGUAGAUUCUGCUCCGUGCCGGAUGUAGAAGACGCUUCAACAGAUUCGGAGGCAACGAUUGACUACAAGACGAACGUAACGUACUCAUGCGCAGGAGGCUACAUCCUUACAAAUGGCAAUUUAGUUAGAACAUGUCAAGCUGACGGCCAAUUGGAUGGUAUUUCCCCAACUUGUACUCGAGGUUCAAGUGCUAUUAGACUACGUAACGGUUCAACGCUAUUAGACGGUCGUGUUGAAGUACUUUACAAUGGAACAUGGGGUACGGUCUGUGGGGAUGGUAUAGACAUAAGCUUUGCCAAGGUCGUAUGUCGACAGCUCGAAUUUGCUACGGACAAUGUGGCGGUACGAUCGAGUGCCUAUUUCGGUGAAGGCAGUGACCAGAUUUGGCUGGACGAUGUUACUUGUCAAGGAAACGAGACUAUGAUCGAUGUGUGUAUUUCAAGCCCGUGGGGACAGCACAACUGCGAACACAAUGAAGAUGUCGGAGUUACAUGUAGUUCAAGUGCUAUAAGACUACGUAGCGGUUCAACGCCAUUAGGAGGUCGUGUUGAAGUACUUCACAAUGGAACAUGGGGUACGAUCUGUGAUGAUCUUACAGACAUAAACUUUGCCAAGGUCGUAUGUCGACAGCUAGGAUAUGCUACGGACAAUGUUACAGUUCGUUCGAGUGCCUUUUACGGUGCAGGUACUGGCCUGAUUUGGCUGGACGAUGGUACUUGUCAAGGAAACGAAAGUUCGAUCAACUUGUGUAUGUUCAGACCUUGGGGACUGCACGACUGUUCUCAUGGAGAAGAUGUCGGAGUCACAUGUAGUUUCUGCUCCGUACCGGCUGUAGAAGACGCUUCAACAGAUUCGGAGGCAACACUUGACUACAAGACGAACGUAACGUACUCAUGCGCAAGAGGCUACUUCCUUACAAAUGGCAGUUUAGUAAGAACAUGUCAAUCUGACGGCCAAUUGGAUGGUAUUUCCCCAACUUGUACUCGAGGUUCAAGUCUUAUUAGACUACGCAACGGUUCAACGGAAUUAGAGGGUCGUGUUGAAGUAUUUCACAAUGAAACAUGGGGUACGGUCUGUGGGGAUGGUUUCGACAUAAAGUUUGCGAAGGUCGUAUGUCGACAGCUCGAAUUUGAUACGGUCAAUGUGGCAGUACGAUCGAGUGCCUACUUUGGUGAAGGCAGUGACCAGAUUUGGCUGGACGAUGUUACUUGUCAAGGAAACGAGACUAUGGUCGAUUUGUGUAUCUCAAGCCCAUGGGGACAGCACAACUGCGGACAUAAUGAAGAUGUCGGAGUUACAUGUAGUUCAAGUGCUAUAAGACUACGUAGCGGUUCAACGCAGUCAGGCGGUCGUGUUGAAGUACUUCACAAUGGAACAUGGGGUACGAUCUGCAAUGAUCGUACAGACAUUAAUUUUGCCAAGGUCGUAUGUCGACAACUCGGAUAUGCUACGAACAAUGUUAAGGUACUUUCGAGUACCUAUUACGGUGCAGGUACUGGCCCGAUUUGGCUGGACGAUGGUACAUGUCAAGGAAACGAAAGUGUGAUCAACUUGUGUAUGUUCAGACCAUGGGGACAGCACGACUGUUCUCAUGGAGAAGAUGUCGGAGUUACAUGUAGAUUCUGCUCCGUUCCGGCUGUAGAAGACGCUUCAACAGAUUCGGGGACAACGAUUGACUACAAGACGAACGUAACGUACUCAUGCGCAGGAGGUUACAUCCUUACAAAUGGCAAUUUAGUAAGAACAUGUCAAGCUGACGGCCAAUUGGAUGGCAUUUCCCCAUCUUGUACUCGAGGUUCAAGCCUUAUUAGACUACGCAACGGUUCAACGGAAUUAGAGGGUCGUGUUGAAGUAUUUCACAAUAGAACAUGGGGUACGGUCUGUGGGGAUAGUAUAGACAUAAACUUUGCGAAGGUCGUAUGUCGACAGCUCGAAUUUGCUACGGACAAUGUGGCGGUACGAUCCAGUGCCUAUUUCGGUGGAGGCAGUGAUCAGAUUUGGCUGGACGAUGUUACUUGUCAAGGAGACGAGACUACGAUCGAUUUGUGUAUCUCCAGCCCAUGGGGACAGCACAAUUGCGGACAUAAUGAAGAUGUCGGAGUUACAUGUAGCUCAAGUGCUAUAAGACUACGUAACGGUUUAACGCAAUUAGAGGGUCGUGUUGAAGUACUUUACAAUGGAACAUGGGGUACGAUCUGUGAUGAUCUAAUAGACAUAAACUUUGCCAAGGUCGUAUGUCGACAGCUCGGAUAUGCUACGGACAAUGUAACGGUACAUUCGAGUGCCUUUUACGGUGCAGGUACUGGCCCGAUUUGGCUGGACGAUGGUACUUGUCAAGGAAACGAAAGUGUGAUCAACUUGUGUAUGUUCAGACCUUGGGGACAGCACGACUGUUCGCAUGGAGAAGAUGUCGGAGUUGCAUGUAAAGCCUGCUUUGUACCGGACGUAAAAGACGCUUCCAAAGAUACUGGGGCAGUCAUUGUUUACAACAUGACCGUAACGUACACAUGUGCAGGAGGCCACCUCCAUACAUAUGGCAAUUUAGUUCGGACAUGUCAAACUGACAGCCAAUUGGAUGGUUCUUCCCCAACUUGUACUCGAGAUUGUGGCACCGUACCAGCAGUGCCUUACAGCACGUAUAACGCUCCCACAGACACACUCCUCGGUUCACGUGUGACAUACUCGUGUAACACUGGAUAUACGGUGUCAGGUCCAGGGACAAUUGUAUGUUUGACAAGCGGUUGGGCCACACGACCAGUCUGUCAUCCAGGUAUCCCUCGCUUAUACAGUUCCCGACAGAAAAAGGUACGUUUGCACAAAAGCAGUCGGUUACCUCCCUCCAAACUCCUGGCCUUUGUUACUCCUGAUUCAUCAUCGCAGACACCUGAUGAGUUCAGGACCAGAUUAUGCCCCGAAAAUGAAAAGUCGUGCGCAAUAUAAGUUGCACUCCUCCUUUCCCGAUAAGCAUCAGAUUUCGCAAAAACAUGCGGAACAUUCCUCCGAGGUAGUACAGGCGUCUUCUCACAGCCAGUCUGUGCGCAGAUGUACUGUACUCAUGCAUUGAAGGAUAUAACUAAAUCUCUUGUAUAGGAUGGUAAAUCCACCUGGCAGUCAUUGCAAUAAAGUUUCAGCAGUGUGCACAAUCAUUUGGCUGGAUUACAGAUGUUUGUAAACUAUGCUUAUUACAUAUUGUUUGUCAGGAAAGGCACAUGAAAAAAGUGCUCGAUUGCUUCAAUGUAGUCCAUGAAUGCCCUACCGUUCUUUAUUAAGCAAAUUUAAGGAACGCUUUGGUUCAGAGUUUGCCGCCUCCGCGCAGGCCACGUUUGCUGAUGCUUCUCAGGAAAAGGGUAAGAAUAUGAAAGUGGGCAGAAAGGGUACAGGAACUAGCUGCCGAAGCUUUCCGUUCACUUCCAGAGACCUUCACACUCAAGGCGUGCAAGAUCGUGAAGCUGGUCAUAGCACCUUCAUGCGUAAGUAUACAACCAUCGAAGAGGCCAUGAAUAACAUUAGGUUGUUUCAGCAUUCCAAGAGUGCUAUUGGAAGACUAAAUUCGUUCAUAAAGCUGAUUUUGACGAUGAUACAGCAAAUGUUAACGCCGUUCAGCAUUCCACUGGACCUGCGUUAGACAUGAGCGUUCUGCAAUACGAAUUACAGAGGUUGCGAGAUGAGGUGAAGAGGCUAGACGAAGCGAGGCCCACUCAGCAGCGUAGCUGUCAGCAACUUUUGAACCGCCCGCGAGGUACGUAUAGAUGUUACGUUUGUGAUAGUAAGUCACACAUGAUUGCUGAAUGUCCCCAUAAGAAGGACUUUAAGGCGUUUCUUUUAAAUGCAAAAGGGUGAAGUACUGCCACCAAAAAUCUGAGAACGAAAUAUCAGUCUACAAUAUGUGCUAAGCGUUGUGUAUACGUCAUCAUUUUAGGUGUGUUUAUGAGAAAAAGAAAGUAUGCAAAUUGAAAAUUGCUCUUUAAGAGUUUUCACUCGCAAUUUUUGUAAGUACCUUAAAACUUUUCCAAUUUUUGCCCACAAAAUGCGAGUAGUAAAUUCGAGCCCUGUAACAUGUAGCUUUAAAUCCUUAUCCUACUCAUGUUGGAUGACAGUUCAUUUUGUAUGGGUGUAAGGUAAAUUAGCAUACAUUACAUUAAUAAAAGAAAAAUACUGGUGAUUUAAGAAUAUUAGAACUUAGGCCUGGUCAAAAAAUCUGACUGCAUGACAGUUUUUUUCAGAACCAAAAAUAAAUAUUUAUAAAAUAUGAUGGACUCAAGUGACCUUUAAACCAGGUGGCUUCCGAGUACAGAUUAAAAUCACAGAAGAGUUCAAAUUUGCUGCAAUAAAUAAUUUGUUCUUUAAUAAAGCUGAUGGUUAACACAUAGUUUGAAAUUAUACUUCUUAUCUUGAAUUGUGAUUAUAAAAUGCACUUAAUGUUUACUUGCUCAAAGGGGUGUUUGCCAGGCAAAAGUUUUUGAAGGGGCAGUUUAUUCUGGAGUACAGAGGAGUACUGUGUAAACAGCAGUCUGAUGGUGAUGAAAUGAUCAAACACCAUUUUAGACAUAACAACAAGGAGGACUGGUAUGAAUAUAAUUUUUGUUGUAAACUACAAAUAAAUUGGUAUAGUAAUAAAUUGCUAUCUGUCUUCCUUUAUACACUUCUAUUUUAGCAUGUCUUUUUUCGACGAAAAUGUCUGGAUAUUGUGAUGGCCAUAGCGUUGUACCAAAGAUCCAUCUCAGUUAAAAGUUUAUUUUGUAAAAUUAUGCAUAGACAUAAUAUCUUGUCGUGUCUGGGCUGUUAUUUGGGGUUGAAAAUAAGCCCUAUUACCAAUGCAAAAAUCCAUAAUUUUUCCCCAUAACUGAAAAAAAUGUGUGUUUUAUAUUUAGAAAAAAACAUUUUUUAGCAAUAUUUAGGUGUAUUCUCCAAAUAAAACAACAUUAUCAAAUUCAUUUGUUUCGUUUCGAAGUUUUAAACAGAAGCAUUAUUCUUCUCAAGAUAAAAACAACAGUAUCAAAGUCAUUUUUUCGUUUCAAUAUUUUAAACAGAAGCAUUAUUGUUCUAAAAAUAAAAACAAAAUCCAAUGACACCAAAGAGGUAGAAAAACACAUAGGGACAUUUGUCAUAAUAUAUUUUCUCUCUUUGUAGUAAUGUUAUAUGUUUUAAUUGUUUUUAAUAGCAUCGAUGCCUCAAAAUAUUAGUGUCUGGCAUGUAUGGUCAACAACUUGGACCGACACACAAAGCCUAAUUGCAAAUUAGUAAAAGUUGUUGAUGACAGACAUCAACCAAGACUCUGUCUGUGUGCAACUGAAAUGAUUAGCAAAGACACUAAAUUAAGGUACGAUAAUUUUGUUGCUGAUGUACCUUGGAGAAACUAAAAGGUAAGCGAUAUAACGUUUUAAUUUUCUCUUCUUUUUAAUUGAAUCAUAAUUAUAGUGAAUACAUUGUGCUAAAACUCUGUUUGAUGUUAAAUAAAGUCUGACGGGUAUUGCUUCUCACUUGGGUCAAAUUUGCCUUAUUGAUUUCCCCUACUGAUACCCAAAUUUGGUAUGAGCUUUAUGAAAUCACAAUGUUUAAUAAUAGACCGUCAUACAACCUCGACCUCUAGUUUCAGUAAGUCUUGAAUUAUUUCUGUCAUCGCUUGUUUGUUUUUUUGUGAGAAUUUUCCCUUUAAAAACUAUAUAUACUUAGGAUACUACUCUAUUUUUGGCUUAAUUGAAAUGAAUGUUUUAAUUUAUUACAUAGCCUAUGGGCAGACAAGACCUAAUCAAUAAUUGAAUUCCUUGUAAUUGAGAAUAUUUUAUUAGGUGUACACAAUCAUUGCUAUAACAUUCACAUAGACUUAGGUUGAAUCCAGACAUGUAUUUGCGACUUUAUGAAGUAAUUUAAACCAGAACGUUGACAUCAAUGACUCUGCAUUUACGAACUUGUAUACCAUAUUUUGCAGAAAAAUGAUGUCAAGCCUGUGGUUUUUGAACAAUUCAGUAAUAACGAGAAGUUCCUUGUUAAUUGUUUUUGUUGUUGCAAAGUUUUUCAGAAUAUGCAAAACUACAUAUAUAGUGUAUGUGAAAAGCCUUUUAGCAUACGAAAAUAUUGAUUGUUAACACAUUCGGUACUUUAUGUUUCUAAGAAGCAGUGUACAUGCAAUUAAAUAUUUAAUAAAAAAGUUCACAUCGACUUAAAACUACAAAAUUCUAAUGCAAACAAUGUUUUUUGGGGGUAUUAAAACAGCGAGACAAUAUGUCUGGCGAAGUUUACAUUUACACACGACAAAUUGAAGAUCUACUGGCAAUGACAUGCUCUCUGACUCAUUAAACGUACUCUGAUAUUUGCCUUCAUUUUUUUCCAAUAUCACCUAAAAGUUGUAUAACGUUUCCACCCAACCAUUUGAACAUUCCUGAUUGUGUUCACCAUUUUAAUAAGAUUACGGAAAGCCCUGUCCUAUGAUUGCCGUAAAAGCCACAAAGUAAUAAGAAAUGCAAGAAUUUUGUGUUUAAUAGUACAUCAGAAUGUUUGUUGGGAUCUUAAAACUGUUAAAAUGAAAAGUAUUUUUCCAUAAUUAAUUCAUUAUGUGAUUGGCCUUUGUUGUGACCACACAAUCAUCUAUACUGCAGUUCAUAAAUAGGUUAAUUAACUCUUGUAGUAUGUUCAAUGCUUCUUUGUGUGUUAGAAUUGUACCUUAGAAUGUUUGAACGUAAUCUAAAAUUGUGAAAUGAUUUUAUGACUCUUUAUAUACAUUUGUUUGCAAUGAAGACAGAUACUUUUAUAAUAUCUCAUAAAUGAUCAUGAAUUUACCAUCCCUAAGGGGAGCAUAUUAAAAUCAUCUGUGUGUCCUUCUGUCCCUCCCAGUUGUCUGUGUCAGGACUUGUAUUUAUUUAUCAAUAGACUGAUUUUAAAAUAAAUUUGCAAAUGUGUUAUGCAUACAAAGACGUCAUGUCGCGUGCAAGGCCAAUCUCCCUACCUCUAAUGUCAAGGUUACAGUAUAUAAUUUUGCAUAAUUAUAAGGACAAAUGUGUAUUGUUGGUGGUGUCCGGACUGUUACCUUUUCAUGUAUGAACAGAUCUCAAAGUAACUGUAAUGUUUUAAUGUAUGGACAGAUUUUUAAAUAACUUUGCACAUUUGACAAGCACGUAAAGACAACAUGUUAAGACCUGUGUUCCUUUUUCAAAGAUCAAGGUCACAGGUUUCUAUGUUUUAUUACCUCACAAAGUAUGCGAAACGUUUUUAAAUAAUGGUGUGUUGCUGUAUGACAAAAGUGUUUUUCGAAAUGACUGUAUGUAAUCUAAAAUUUAAAUUGUAAAAUGAUAUUACAACUCCCGAAAUCUACGUUUGUGAACAUAAGACAAAUACUUUAAUAUCCCAUAAUGGCAUUAUGACAUGGCAGAUCUGCGCGUGGUAUAGGAUUUCAAUGUAUUUCAGAUCCUGAUAAAGAUGGCCAUACAGUUGCAGAAACUACAGAGGUCACAUAACCAUCUGAAGAUGCCCUCGGUGCAUCAACAGAAGUCUUAAAUAUGCUUAUCAUGGGAAACUGGAGUACUAAUUAGUUCAUACUAGUUUAUUUAACUUACCUGAUUGUGUAAAAGCUAAUUUAUUUUAAACACACUCCAUUUCCUUAGUCACACAUGAUACAAGAUACAAGAUCUGAAACAGAUACAUACUUUUAUCUGUUGCACAUCGACAAGCACUGACUAUAAGUACCUCAUGAUGUAUGCUAAAAUUUGUAAUGAAUUGUGUGUAUGUGUUGAAGUUAAACCCGAACGUUUGUUUAGCUUAAUUCAGUAAAACUUAAGCUUGUUCUCAAUUAACAGAUUCAUUGUGUCUGGGUUAUUUCAUCAUCUAUUGGGUGUCACUUCGGGGACAUCGUUUUUCCGUAAUGACAAACACAUGUUGAUUUAUACAUCUAGAUCUUGUAUGUUCGAAAUUUUGUAAGUAUCUAGUUAGUUAAUUAUUGCAUGUGUUAUUUUUGUACCUGAAUACCAGUAUAUGUGUGUGAAGCUUUUAGCUUUGUUUGUGACAGUGUACAUUUAACUUAACUGUUUGUUUCAGAUGCUGUAGGGAACUGUGGGACAGUUGCCCCAUCCACAGUUGUCUCUGAACAUGCCGAAAGGCCGCCUCAAGAAGAGAUGGACUCGAACUCGCGUAUCGGUUACUGACACAGACGAGCAAGUGGAUACAGUCAUUCAGGCCCUUGAAAGGAUUUUCUGUAAACAGGAUAACAAGUACCUUGACUAUCUGCUGAGGGUUCUUCUUCCACAAAUGCUUGUGAAGAUCCAUAUGGAAAUACACAUGCCAGCAAUGACCAAAUCUGUCAAGUCUGUAUCACUUUAAUCUCUGGAACUUGGGUGAAAUGUUCACUACAUCAAGACAACAUGUGUAAUCUACACUACAUGGGUGCUUGAUAAAGGUUUAAUUUAAGGUCAAAGGUUCAUGUCAUAGGUUUCAUUUGUAUCCAUUAGUGACGGAUUAGAUAUUUUUAGGAAAAAAUCAGUUGUAUGAUAAUAAACCUUUUAUUAUUCUCUUUUCUAUUUAUGCAUUUCAGAUCCCGUUAAAGACGAUCAUACAGUUGCAGAAACUACAGAGAUCUAAGAACCAUAUGAAGAUGCCCUCGUUGCAUCAACAGAAGUCUUGGAACAUGCAGUAAAAUGAUGCUACAGGGAACAAUGGUGCAGUUGCCCCAUCCACUGUCGUCUCUGAAUAUGCUGAAGGACCGUCUGAAGAUUCUGUGGAUGCUAGUGGUUCCCUGGAUGCAUCCGUGAAAAUCCCAGAUUCUUCUGAAGAUUCUGAUGAUUCAUCCAAAGAAAUCUCUGUACCUCAUGAUGACAGCCUUGUUGAUUCCGACUUUGAUCCUGAGCAUUAUGACUCUUCUGACUACUCUAAAAUUAUACCACUAUUCAACUAUAUAGAUGGAAGAAACAACAAUGAUUCUGAACAGACUAAAAGCUCUGGAAUUAAACCAGUUUUGAACAAUAUAGAUUCUGACCAAGAUCCUGCGCAUGAUGCAGCUUCUGAAUGAUCUGAAAGAACGUAGAUGAGAGAAAUGAAAACACUGUCAUGCCAAACAUAGAUGGACAGUGAUAUGUCAGUAUGUGCAAUGAAGAGGGAAGCAAUUAUGUUACUUGAGAUUGUCUUUGCGAUAUCUAGUUGCUUUCGUUUUUAAUGGACAUCAUUUUUUGUGCCGCCGUACGUUUCAUUUUAGGAAUUACACUAAACAAUCUACACAUGGUAGAUAAUCAUCAGCUUUGGUACUAUUUCAUCUUGAAUAUGUUACUCAAGUGCAUAGGAGACCAGGCAGAUGACUUUAUGAUUUUGUGUGAAUGACUGGACACAUAGCAUCCCGAUUUCUGCCCUGCAGACCAUUGUCAAAAACAAAAUUAACAAGGAACAAAUGCUGCGUUUGGCAGGUGAUAUAAAGAAGCUGCAGAAUUACUUGGAGAAAACUGCUGACGAAUGCCUCUCAACUUUAGACACGGACUUUGAAAAGUCAGGCAGGAAAAUGCUCAACAAAGUUAACUUAUCCCGUCUGGUAAUGUUCAACAGGACAAUAGGUGCAGAAGUAGAAAGGAUGAACGUUUCUGAUUAUAAUUCUAGGAAAGCUACAAGUAAAUUGAAGAGUGCACUCAGUUCAGUAGAAAGGAUGCUUUGUGCCCGAUUUGACCGGGUGGAGAUUAGCGGGUAAAAGGGCAAAAUCGUGCCAGUCCUAUUGCUGCCUAUGGUACAAAAGAGUAUUGACCUCUUGUUGAAAUACAGGAAAGAAUCAGGCGUACAUGAAAAACGAAGAGCUGUUCACGGGCAACAGACUGAGCAAGCAUGUGGCGAUAGUGUCUCAGAUUUUGAAUUCAUGACUUGGAGGUGCUUAUGAACUUCGUGGGGCAUGUUAUUGAGGUCCAUAGUUCAUUUUAUCGACUCCCCCAAGGUACCAUUCAGGUUACCAAAACGGGCAAACUUCUGACAGCGUUCAACAAUGGAACAAUUGGCAAAUACAGUGGCAAGUCUCUCGACGAGAUCUCGUUGGAUGAAGACCUAAGCAGAGAUGAGGAAGCUGAAUAUGAUUGUCAGAUGAUUGACAGCAGUUUAGCCUCAGAUGCGACAGAUGCCAUUGUUUCUACAGGACCUGCUCUGGUGAUAUAAUACACGUAAAAGGUCAGCACUGGAAAUAGAGAGUCACACAUCGUCGAAAAUGCCAGCUGUCGAGGCAACGAGUAAAUGUAAAGAAUUCGGGAAAGAAGAUGGCUUGACAAGCUUCUGGAGCGCCUGCAAUCGUUUGUAGCGACCAGGAUCAACCGCGCACGUGACUCGGAUGAGGAGAAGCAGCAUAUGUACGACACCGUCAUCCAGCGACUCAACACUCUGAGCACGGACGCCGUAAAUAUAAAGAACAGCUUAUUGGAGACGACGCGGGCGGCUUGCGGGGAAAUUUCUCGCCGCAUGCACCAGCAUUUCAACAAGACGGAAGUGCAGGCGCAGCUUAAACACUGGACGGACAUUGAGGCACCCGGACCUGAUGCGGACGACUUUGAGACCAUAUGGUUAAAAGGCUACACAGCCAUAAAGGAGCGAAUUCGUAGGAAGAUUCGGGACUGGGAGCACGAGACAGGACUCGUGAGACACAUGCUGGAUGACCUCACGCGCCGCUUCAAGGAGAAGUGCCAGCUUUUAUCCGAGGAGACGAAGAAACUUGACGUAAUUAUUGAAGGCGAUCCGCAAGAAAACGAGGCAGUGUUUCCGCUAG